AUGUCACUGCGCGCCAUCCAGAAGCGGGACAGGGAGAAAUUAUCGUCCUCCCAGCGCCAGCAACAGCAGCAACAGUUUAUCAACCACCAACAGCGCAAUAGUCCUGGUGUUGGUGUGACGGCACCACUGCCAGCAUUGCCCUACGUUGGCGCCACAGCUGCGUUGACGGUGACACAAACGGCGGCCAUGAAGAUGACAACUGUCCCAUCGGUUCAGGCCAUCAUACAAAGCCAGCAUGCAAAGCGCAAACAGCAACACGCGGGUGCAACUGCACCAUCAGUGCUAACCCGGACGGUAUCGUCCACGCUGCGACGUUGCAGCUCGUGCCCAGCACUGCCGACGGUGCGGCACAUGCACCACACAAGGAAACAGCAGCAGCGGUUGCGUUCGGUUCGGUCGGAAAGUGAGAUUAGUGCGUUGCGUGACCAUCUCGAAGGAACUGUCGAUCGCCGAUCGGGUGUGGGUGUGGCCACCGUUGGUGACAGCUUCAGCAGCAACAAUUUGUUCUUGGGUGCGAAGUCCGAAGUGUGCCUUAAAACGCUGGCCGUGAAGAAUACGCUGCUGCCAUCGUUCGGGAAAACCGGUGCGAUGCAGCAGCAGCAGCAGCAGUCUUCUCGAUCGCUGCCUUCCAGUGGCAGCAUCCGGGGUAGUGGUGAUGCUGGGGGUGGUAGUGGUGGAUCGACACAAACAUCGAAACGGUUGUACGAGAGCCGCCGUGCGUCGGAGCUGAGCAGUAGCGAUUUUGGGACGAGUAAAUCCGAGCUACAUCUCAAAGCCAAUGCCAGCGCGGUUCGCAUUCCCAUCGUGGGCUAUGAGGUCAUGGAGGAGAGAGCUCGAUUUACGAUAUUCAAACUGCGCAUCGAAAACAGCAUUUCGCAUACGUGCUGGUUGGUGCUGCGCCGUUACACCGACUUCGUGCGGUUAAACAACAAACUGAAGACCGUCUUUCCGCACUGUAAUCUCGUGCUUCCGCGGAAGAAGUGGUUCGGCGAUAACUUCAGCACCGGCUUCAUCGACAACCGGAUACAGGGGCUGCAGGUGUUCAUUAACACCAUCCUUGGGGAUGAUGUGAUGCGCACGUGCCAGGCUGUGCGAGACUUUUUCUGUCUCGAUGAACCGCCGUCUUAUUCCGAGAGUAUGGAAGAGUCCAGGGUAAUUUUCGAGGCUCAGGAGGAAACAAUCUCACAGCUUAAGCAGCAGCUCCAGGCCAAAGAGGAAAUGAUGCAGGCCUUGCAAACGAAGCUCGCCAGCGAACUGAACCGCAACAACAUUUUAGCCAACGUCAUACGGAACAGCGUCGAGAAUUGUGCCAAAUGUUCCAAAUCUGCCGAUCAACUGAUGAAAGAAUCCGUCUACAAGUAGGAAAAAAGAUCGUACUAAUCCCAUCACGACCCAAAACCCCACAUCACAUCCCGCUCAGCGUUAGCGAUAGUUCGUAAGCGUAUGUCCAUGUUUCAGCCAGUAAGACUGUGUUUUGUGGAUAGGAAAAGUUCGAAACUUAUAUUGCAAUAAACGUACCCCUUAGAGAUUAAAAAUUUUACCAU